CACCGCCACCAGUUCAAGUCUCAGCUUCAGUUUCAGCUCAGCUCAGCACGGUACCACAACUCCUCAAGUGGGCAAAACACACCGAAGCCCCUUUCUUUUUGCCGCAACGGAUUCCAGUCAGUCUCGAUUCAGACGCGCUGCGAGACACAUCCAUCGAACCAUUCCAGUCAGUCUGUCUCACCUCACGGUCCUCACAAUCCUCUUUGGCCAUCAACCGUAGCGCACCUGUGUUUUGCAGAAGUCAGAUUAUUGGCAGAUAUAUUACUAGAUUUCGGUCGCAUGUUUCUCGGAGUCGAAGAAGCUGGUGGCUGUCGUCCUGCUGGGCUCCUGGUGUCAAGUGUCGAGUGUCGUUGACGGGGUUCAAAGUGUGCAAAAACAGCGGUGGCGAAAAAAAAAACAAAACAGAAUCCCAGUGCGGUCCGAAAGGCGGUAAUACUGACAUCUCCGACCUGUCACAGAAACCAAACCGAAAGCGGAAAAGAUUGAAAGUGUAAAAAGUGAAGGCUACCAACACGCUGACGUCCGCGCGCGCGCGGGGAAAGGAAAAGCUAGAAAAGAAGUCCAAACAUGCCCAACAGUGAUAGUGAUUAGUGGAAGAGAUGCGAGAGCGCAAAAUAUCUAAAGAAAGUGCUGUAUCAUAAAACAUAAAAUAAAAAAAAAAGAGAAAAACGAAAACUCCACGCCACAUCGCGCGGCACAUUGCACUGGAAGAAAAGCUCCUUUUAUUGUUUACUGGCCACCGCCGCCGCCGUCGCCGUCAUUGGCUAAACAUACCAAGUCACAGUCAAGUGCAUUGGCCUCCCUUCUAAUCGGGGGGUUUGCCUGCCUAAGCCGAGGAAACCGAACACGAGAAUUCGGAUUGUUUUUUAUUAGAGCUAUAAUUUAGGCGUAGGAGAAUGGCGAUUGAUGUCGCCAAAAGAUGCUGGUAUCCAGUUUUGCUGUUGGUGCUAAAGCUGUCCAGUCUUGAUGCCGGCGAGCGAUGGUCUCGUCAGCUGACAGAUUUUGGCAACGGCGCCGGCAACGAUUGGAUUCCACUGGCACAACCUUGCCCAACCUGUCGACCCGGAGAUCGACAAGCCGGUGCCAAGGUGUUAAACUAUUUCGACAAUACGGGCUUUCUGGGCAACGAUAACAGUGCCCAACCGCAGCAUCAUCACUUUACCUUCGUAAAUCAACCGUUUCCGGCAGCUGGUCAAUCGAGCCGAUUCCCACCGCUUCCCGUUCCGCAGCCACUUCAGCAAGAUUUCGAAUCGGCCUUCAAUCAACCCUUCGGAAAUCACCAAUCGUUCCUCCAGCAGUCACCGUUCGGAGGUAUCCAGACGAUUCAGCGACACCCGAUUCCUUCGUACAGUGCAGAACCGUCAACGAAGGAUACGCUAGUUCAAGAAAAGCCACAAAUCCUAGAACAACAGCAACAACAGUUCCAAUUCCCACUACCACAGCAAAGCCAAACGAACAACAUUCGUCAACCGCUGUUACAAACUGGCGGCCAAAGCCAACCCGGAGGUGGCGGUGUUUCACAGGAAGAAGUCCAACUACUGUACGUUCCCGUAGAAACGUUGUACAACCAAAAGCCACCGCAACAGGAAUCAAGCCGUUUCAACGGUUUCCCACAACCCGUCAGUGCCUCGCUCAUCAACGAUUUCUACACAUCGGUAACAACGACUCCUAAACCUCGAACCACUCAAAUUCCGUUCACUACCCGAACUACGACGAGUGCUCCUCUGCCGGUGAAGCCAAAACCGAAUCAACCGCCGUUGGCUAUGUUCAUGUACAACGAAGACAAACAGUCCAAAGUAACCAUCGCGGAUGCUCUCGGUAACCUGAAGAACGUCAACCAAAUUGCCGUCAUCGAUAGCCUCAACAAGAAUCUACCCAAAGUAUUCAUCGGUCCAUCGGGACUAGCCCCACCCAAAGGAUACUCCAAAUUCGAACUGCCAUAUCUGUCCAGUAUUGAUCAGAAUCGCUUGGACCGAAAACUCGACAGCUUACCAUUUUUCGUAGCUCCACUCAGCUACAAAACUCCGUCCGGCUUUUCGAAAAUCCCUCUUCCAUCUCCCCACGUAGGAUCCGUAAUCGUCCAGCAGGCCAGCAGUAGUCCUGCCAGUAACUUUUACCGACAACCGGAAAACAUUCAAUACUAUCAACCGGCAACUUUGAAGUUUACCGAGGCUACCACAAAGGCUCCCAUAACGGUACCAGCCGGUCUACACUACACAUCGCCCUCAAACAAACCGACCACCGACCGAUCAAACUACAGCCGAGGAAAUACACAAACUUCACCAGAUUCCUAUCGACAACCACAAGCCGAUCGUGCUCUCCACUCCCACUCUCCGUUCAACAGUGUUAACAAUCAACCGAACCGUCACAUCGUCAACGAGGAAUACUUCAAUCUAGCGAAAACCAAGAAACCUACAACCUCUUCCACGUCACUGAACUACACCCCGAAAACCUACAAACCAUUCGAAUUCAAACCCAUUCCCGACCAAAAGAUACCGUCGUUCGUUGAUUCGGAAAAUCACGCUCCCAGUUUUACCACCUCGAAACCGGUAACGACAACCGAACGAGCCUACAGCACCGACACCCAGGAGGACACCCAGCUGAAAACACACUUCAAAGAGGAACACUUCCGUAAUCGCCGUCCGUACAGUGGUCCAACCGUAGCCGCACAGCCCGAAGAAGACGAAAGCUUGCCCACGAACCAAAAUAACCACGAAGAGGAACACUUCGUGCACAAAUUCAAACUGGUCAAUUCCGUCCGGCCGCAAAACACACCGACUACGAAGUCGGUCGUCGACAAUGCGUACUUGGAGUUCUUCCAGCAGCAGGAUAACCACGACACUUUGAAAACCACUGUAAACAACCACGCUCCCAGCGGAGCACAUCACACGAUUCGUAACAACUACUUCCAACCGAGUACCAACGAGGAUGCACCGAAGCAAAAGUUUGUCAGCACUUACUACGUUCCGACGACUACCCCGGUGACACCGACAACCACUACAACCGUGUCCCCUAAAAACACUGGUGAUUCUUUCUUCGAAGAUUUCGAAGAAAAGAGCCGACUGUUUGAAUCCGAUCGUCCUCGAUACUCCCAGCAAACCCGUCCCGUCGAACAACCGUACAGUUCGGAUUCCUACGUGAAUCGAUUCUCGGAAAAUUCCUACAUAAAUAAGUACAAAUACGAAACGAACACCAACGAAGAAGUGCACUACCCGGUAGAAGUAGUAACCACCCAAGAUCCUCUCCGAUACGACACUACCAGUGAAUCUUCCCGUAUCACAACCCCAUCAUCGGAACAGUCUUACAGCAUUCCGUCCGAGCUGCCACCCAUCAGUGCCAACCUUCCCGGAUUGGUCAACUCUCUGAUGGAAGACGAAUGGUCACCUCAAAAAAAUGGCAACCAUCAACCCGGAACGUCCACCGCUACGUCCUCAACGGCCGCCAAGGGACACUUCCGAAAGACGGCGCAUCGUACAUCAACUGCCCCGGUUACUCCAGACCCGUACUCUACCGAGGUGACGACCAGACGUGUCCGUGGUCGACGUCCAACAACCACUUCAACCACUGGCGACUAUACCGCUCCAACCCGGGCCACUACAGUCAACAGAAGCCGGUCACGGUAUGUUCCGUCCAGCGAAGAAAGACCGGCCGUUCGAAGUAGAACCAGAAGUCGUCCGCACAGCAAUUCACGAGUCGCCAAGGAAGAGGAAAACCUAGACUAUCAACGAGAUGUUCUAAAACAAAACUACCCAGUGAUCCGGUCUGGGUCCCAAUCCAUAUCCACAUCCACUUCCACUCCGCCUCCAACAACAACUUUCACUACCACAACAACGCAUGCAACCACAAUGCCGCUAACAUACGCACAAAUCUUCGAGGAACAAACCGACCGUCUGAAUCUGUACCCCAUGGCACAGACCGAACAUGUUCCGGCGAUACCAACCAUCGAAGAAGGUUCCAAUCUGCGGAAGGAAACUUACAAUAGUGAAAACUACGACUCGGAAAGUACAAGUCCUUUCGCACCUACUACCAUUCGCCAAAAUGGACGGGACUCAACCGUUCCGCAGGAUGACGAAUCCGUUCGGGUUUUGCCAGUCAACUACCAAUCCAUAGAACCACAACGUGAAACUCCAAUAAAAUCAGUCGAGAUUCAACGAGAACGACCCAUCCACAGUACCAGAAGACACCCCGUUAAACAAGAACCAGAUCCAGAAACUCCCUCCAACAAUAAUCAACAGGAAGACGGACAGGACUUCCGCAAAGUGGAAAUCACUCCCAGACCCAGGAGACCACUAUUGCGGCAACCCGUUUACUCACCGAGGACAACGAUCGCUACGGAGCGAGCAACACCUGAACGCACGACAAUCGAACCGUCGCGAGGAUCACCGCAGCGUCGACCGGCAUUCGUGAGGCGACCUGGUCGUCCACUGUACACGACGACGACCGCCACACCCACGACGACGUACUCGAGCCGAGGUGUCUCUGGCGAUGAUGAACAAUCUACGCAAGGAGCAUUUACCGUGCGUCCAAAAACCCGCCAGGAUAUCCUUCGAGCCCGAACGCGUCGACCGUUGACGACCUAUGUGACUCCUACUACAACCGCUUCUCCAGAGCCUUCGGUCACUAGAGGGUUCGCGAGAACUAAGGAACUUCGAAGGGUGUCUCCCACUAUUCGAUCAAGACAAGAACAACAACCACAGCAACAGGAACAAGAACAAACAUCCGAAAAACAACCCGAAUCACAAACGCCAAGAUUCCGGAUCCGUGAGCGAACUCGCUUCAGUCUGCAGCCACAGGAAAGUCAGUGGUCUGCCAAAUUGGUACAGAACUCGUUCCAACCGGUACAGAGCGUAGAAUCACGCCACAAAACCUACGAAGAGGAACAUUAUUCUCUCGAACCGGAGCCGGAGAUCGUCACGGCCAAUCCGUUCCAGGAGGAAAGUAUCCGGCUGGUAAACGUCUCCGCCAAUCUCGCCGGAACGCCAUCCACGACACCGGUCGGUGUACUGACGAAGGAAGUUGCCCUCAGCCAGAUGCCACCACAGGCGGACGAUAGCAACAUUCCCUCAUUCGCCGAGCUGCUGAACGAUGUGAUGAAGGAAUAUAUCGACGACAGCAUCCACUCGGAGGCGGAAGCGGAAAACAAACCAGUCGAAAACGAAGUACUCAACAAUGCGGAAAAACCUUCCCCCGAAUUGCAGCGUAGUUCUGCGAACGUCGCCAGCAACGGAUUCGAGAAGAAAAGCACCGGUGUUCGCAAUGGGUACAAUUUCCGCAAACGAGGCCGGUCACAUGCAGUGGACUCGUUCGAAACAGCCGAAUCUCAGCACAUCAACAGUCACGUGUUGAAUACGGCCGGGAUCGAAUCGCUCAAGAGCAUCGACAAGGCCUACCUCCGAGGAAAGAACGUCGGGGAUGAUGCCAAGGGUACUAAUUAUGUAACACCGCAAUCGAACCAUGCUAAUCUGCCAGCCCAAAUGGAACUGGUUGGAACUACUGCCGUAUCACCAGCGGAAACCACAAUUUCUGCGAUCGUGGAAACUACUUCGGCCAUUGAAACCACUUCCGUUCUGCCCACGGAGAAGGAAACUACGACACCGCCCCCUACGGUAGAAGUUUUGUUGGGUGACGAUGAACAGACUUCAACCGAACAGUUCUACGACGACGUAGCUGAGCUUGAACAAGACGAUCAACCUCCAAGUAAGGAAGCUACCAAUCAAGGCAUAUUUGCCGAUGUGAAAAAACAAUUGUCCGACCUUUUCGCUAUGGCCGAGAGCGACCCGGAUACGGAAGAAGACGACGAACGCUAUGGCUCGCUCAUGAUGGGCUACCAACCCGCAGAACGGAUGACAACCAGUACGGCUGAGCCGGAAUUUAUCACAUCCACCACGACGGAACCGCCACCCAGCGAGAACAGGGCUGAGUCGACGGUUUCGAAACCGCUUCAGAAUGCCGUGGGCUCACUGGCCAUCCCCACGUCCACCUCGAACGGAAUCACGCACGAAACCGAAAUCUGCUACCGGGGGCGAUGUGUCAAGACGGAGGAGAAAAAACCGAAAAAGAACAAGUUCAAACCAAAUUAGUGGUACGACGUAGCCUAACACUCUGUCUUUAGUAGGUAGUGUUCUUUUUUGUAAAGAGAAACGUUACGACUUAUUUAUUUGUAAUAUAUAAGUGUAGAGGUAAACUAAUAAAACAUUUGAAAAUCCAA